AGGACCCUACUGCAACGCACAACAUCUUCAAAUCUCUCUCUCUCUCUCUCUCUCUCUCUCUCAUGAAGUGAUUUUUAGGUGCACAGUUCUGCAAAGUUUACAUUGCAGCGCAGCAAGGGGACAAGCAGAGAGGAUGGGGAGAGCACCUUGCUGCGAGAAGAGCGGGUUGAAGAAAGGGCCAUGGACCCCGGAGGAAGAUCAGAAGCUCGUCGACUACAUUCACAAGCACGGCUAUGGAAACUGGAGGACUCUUCCCAAGAAUGCAGGGUUGCAAAGGUGUGGAAAGAGCUGUCGCCUGCGGUGGACGAACUACCUAAGACCGGACAUCAAGAGAGGGCGGUUCUCUUUUGAAGAGGAGGAGACCAUUAUUCAGCUCCAUGGCAUUUUGGGGAAUAAGUGGUCUGCGAUAGCAGCUCGUUUGCCCGGAAGAACGGAUAACGAGAUCAAGAACUAUUGGAACACCCACAUCAGGAAAAGGCUCCUCCGGAUGGGAAUCGAUCCGGUGACGCGCCCCCGCCUCGAUCUCCUCGACUUGUCUUCUUUCGUGAACCCUUGUCUCUUCAACAACAGCUCGUGGGCUCAAGUGAACCUCUCCAGACUGCUCGGGAUCGACCCCCCGAUCGAUCCCGAGCAGUUGAGGCUCGCAAUGUUUCCGCUAUCGUCCCAACAUCAAAACUCGAACCCGGCUCCUCAAAAUUUCCAAGAGAGCCAGCUAAUAAACCAACAAAUUCAAGAACUCCCCGGUUUUACUACAAUGGCCUCCCCCUCGUUCAAUUUCCUAAUGAACCACAAGUAUGUCAACCCAACUUGGUAGAUGAAUUCCCUUCAAAUCCCACAGAUCUCAGCUCUUCGAGUAAUUCUCAGAUGAGCGACUUGGCUUCAAGCUUGAAAGAAGAUUACGUUCCAUUCCCAAGAUACGAGUACAACUACUGCAGCUCAGACCAAUCACUAAUCGACCGUCCAUCGACUAACUCCGCCUUCAAUUCUCAUGAUAGCUACCAAAGUUUCGGAUCGUCCAGCCCGACAGCGAUGAACUCGAACUCAACGUACAUCACUGCCAGCACGGAGGACGAGCGGGAAAUCAGCUACUGCAGCGACGUGUUAAAAUUCGAACUGCCGGAUCUUUUGGAUGUGAAUGAAUUCAUGUACUGUCAAGAACCGAGAUGGUAAAAAAAAAAAAAAAGAGCUUGCCACAGUGGUUCUUGGAUUUGUAUGUUGUCGAUAGGUUUAGAAGCUUUCUAGCUUCUUUCUCACCCCUUCUAUUUAGCAUUCUCAACAUUGAUGUACCUGAUUCUUCCUUCAAGUUUUCAUAACUUAAGCUUACUGUAUGAGGAAGGCAAGAUCGUCCUGAUGUCCUCUUUUCUUUCUCUUUUA